GCCGGGAUAUCAAGAAUACCCAUAGACGGGCCCAGAAUUCUGAAGGAAGGACCGAAAAAACGGACUGAAGAGCUGCCCAGGACUUCUCGCGACUCGCGAGACAGUAUCGCGACUCGCGAGAUGGUCGCGACUCGCGAGAAUGUCGCGACUCGCGAGUCCAACAGAGACGAAAAGGAGCUGUUCGCGAGGAGAGCCGCGACUCGCGAGCCAAUAUCGCGACUCGCGAGCAUGCGUCCCUGCGAGAAGGCGGGAUGUACGUGGGAGAUGUUCAAGGAUUUAGUCUGCGAGAAAUAUUACCCCACAUACUACCGAGCCGAGAUGGAGCGUCAGUUUCUAUCGCUCCAGCAAGGUACUCGUACUGUUGACGAGUACGAGAGGGAAUUUACGAGACUUGCAGCUUUUGUUCCUGAUUUGGUCCGCACGGAAGCCCAGCGAGCGCAGCGUUUCAUUGACGGGCUUUACCAAGCAGUCCGUCAUAACAUCGUAGGCCACGGGACACAGAUGUACGCACGUGCAGUCUCCAUUGCCCAGGAGGUGGAUGCCAGCAUUAGGAGGGAGGCCGUUCGUGACCAGUUCCAGCCAUCCGCCCUUGCUCAGUCAUCUUCAGUUCCACCGUUGCCAGCUCUACCAUCUACCCAGCCGCCAAAGAACAACAAGAGGAAGGGGAAAGGUGCCCUGGCAGAUAAGAGGACCCGACGGAGGCUACAGCAGAUCCCCCAGUGCCCGACAUGCGGACGACUUCACCGAGGCGAGUGUCGCUUUGGUCAAGAUGUGUGCUACUAUUGUCACGAGCCCGGACACUUCGCGAACCGUUGUCCGAAGAAGGCACAACAGCCUCAGCAGCCACCACAGCAGCAGCAGCAGCCCC